AUGAAUUCUCAUUAUGGUAGUUCAUCUUAUUUGGCAUCGUCUUUUUCUUCUUCAAAUAAUGAUGAUUAUUAUGAUGAUCUAGAAAAGCAAGUGGUAUGUCAAAUUACUACUAGGAACAAUUUUUGCAUCGCUCAACACCAAAAUAAUGAAGGGUCACACAUGGGCUCAAUUCCUGGUCAUAUGGUAGUCAACCGUGACCGAGAAAAUGCUGAUCGCAAUCUCUUCAACGACUAUUUUGCAGAGAACCCACGAUUUUCUGCCUUGAUGUUUCGCCGAAGAUUUCGAAUGGGUCGUGCUUUAUUCCUUCAUAUUUAUGAUGCUGUACAAAGGCAUGACAAUUACUUCGUCCAACGAAGAGAUGGACUCGAUGCUACUGACGAGUACAUCAAAAUAGGAGAAUCUACUGCUUUGGAAAGUUUGAAACGAUUUUGUCAUGCUGUUUUCGAGGUCUUUGGAACUAGCUAUCUCCUAUCACCUAACGCUGAUGAUGUUGCAAGGCUACUAAACAUUGGUGAAAGUCGAGGUUUUCCAGGAAUGUUGGGUAGUUUAGAUUGUAUGCAUUGGAAAUGGAAAAAUUGUCCUACGGCUUGGGGAGGACAAUACGCUGGUCGUAGUGGAUCUCCGACUAUUAUUCUUGAAGUUGUAGCUGACUAUAAUCUUUGGAUAUGGCAUGCAUAUUUUGGUCUACCUGGAUCUAACAAUGAUAUUAACGUGUUGGAGGCGUCCCAUCUUUUUGCUGAUCUUGCUGCGGGUAUUUCUCCACCCGCUAAUUAUGUCAUUAAAGAGAAAGAGUAUAAUAUGGGUUAUUAUUUAGCCGACGGUAUACAUCCAAAAUGGUCUACUAUUGUUCAAACCAUUCGUGAGCCACUUGGCCCGAAGAAACAAUUAUUUGCUCGAAAACAAGAAGCAUGUAAAAAAGAUGUAGAACGUGCGUUUGGAGUAUUGCAAUCAAGAUUUGCCGUUGUGGCAGGACCAACGCGUCUAUGGAAUAAGAUGAUAUUACAUGAUAUAAUGACUUCAUGUAUUAUUAUGCAUAAUAUGAUAAUAGAAGAUGAACGCGACUUUAAUGCACCCAUUGAAGAACGGCUCGAAGUGCCAAAUCUAGAAUUUGAGAUGGUGGGUAAUGACGAUGCUCGAUUUCAAGAAUUUCUAGCUCGACAUAGAAAAAUCAAAGAUAAUGAUGCUCACAUUGCACUUCGAAAUGCAUUAAUUGAACACUUGUGGGACGAAUAUAGUAUCGGAAAAUUAGUUUAA